AUGGGAGAUAGAAGAAUACUGUUGCUUCUAGUUCUGGUACUUUUCUCAGGACUAGUGUCCUUUGUUGGUGCCUAUGAAGAGGAAAAAAGCGAGCAAACAACACAAGGAGAAAAAUGGUUCUUGUUGCGUCAGUUACAUAAUGUUGUGAAAACUGAUGCUGGAUCUAUGAGAAUAGUGAAGGGUGGCUAUCGAGCGGGUUCAUUUCUCCAUAGUCCAAUGCAUAUUGGUUUCAUCUCCAUGGAACCAAAUAGCCUCUUCAUCCCUCAGUAUCUUGAUUCCGAUCUUCUCCUCUUUGUUCAUCAAGGGGAAGCGACAACCGGAAACAUCUAUAGAGAUGAAUUAGCGGAAAGGAGUUUGAAAGAAGGAGAUGUGUACACAAUUCCUGCUGGAUCAGCUUUCUAUUUGGAGAAUGGAAAUGAAAACCAGAGACUUCGCAUAAUUUGUAGUAUUGGUAUUUCCUCAGAAUCCAUGGGAUGGAAUGCUUUCCAGUCAUUCUUCAUUGGCGGUGGAGUUCAUACAUCUAUUCUUGCUGGAUUCGAUCAUACCACAUUAUCAACUGCUCUUAAUGUAUCGACAGCAGAAUUAAAGACGUUCUUGAUCAGGCAAACUUCCGGGCCAAUCGUGCAUUUAUCUAAUUCUCAUCAGUUAAACAUUUGGUCCAAAUUCUUAGCCCAAGAACCCCAUCAGAUAUUAGCUCACUUGAAGAGGAUUGUGAAUUUUGGGGAGGAAUCUAACCCCAAAGAGGAAGUAUCAACAUGGUCAUUGAGGAAAUUUCUGUUUAAUCUAUUAAACAGGGAAGACGUUGUCAAGAGAGUAAAUCGCAAAGCUCCAUCAACGUACAAUCUCUACAACAGGAAUCCUGAUUUCGAGAACAACUAUGGAUGGAGCAAGGCAUUGGAUGAGUCUGAUUAUUCUCCUUUAGAACAAUCCGGCAAUGGUGUCUAUCUUGUCAAUCUAACUUCAGGAUCCAUGAUGGCACCUCAUGUUAAUCCAAGAGCAAUAGAGUACGGAAUAGUGUUGAAAGGGACCGGAAGGAUCCAAAUUGUGUAUCCGAAUGGGACAUUAGCUAUGAAUGCCAGAGUACGAGAAGGGGACGUUUUUUGGGUGCCAAGGUACUUCCCCUUCUGCCAAAUUGCUUCAUCGAAUGGCCCAUUUGAGUUCUUCGGCUUCAGUACAUCAGCAAGGAGGAACCAUCCACAUUUCUUGGUAGGUAGGAACUCAUUGAUGCAGAGCUUGAGCGGGCCAGAAUUUGCAGCUUCAUUUGGAAUUGAUGAGGAAAGGCUAAAGAGGAUUGCCAACGCGCAAAGUGAACAAGUUAUCUUGCCCUCAUCAUCGCCGGAUUCUCCUAUGGAGAUGAACUUGGAUUUUUAUUAG